AUGCAGUCGGAAAUAGACAUACUUUCAAAUUCAUAUUCUUGGUUUGAUUCUAAAGAAUCUGCUGAUAACGGGUCGGUUCCAGAAAGAAUUGAGCAAUGUUCUCAACUUUCGGCGAGUAUUAUGGAGCAAAAUGGAGAAGUAGUUAAACCACCCGAUAAAACUACUAAGAACAACGACAUUCAUAACACAGAACUUAAUGCCUUAAAUAUGGAGGUGGAUACUUUGCGGUGGCAGCUAGCUCAGACUGAAACAAACCGGCAGAUGCAUAUAGCUUUACUUAAACAAAUAGUUACAUUCCUGAACAGAGUGAAAGAACAUAUAGAGUGCCAGAAAACUGAUCUCGAGCCGGAGGAAUUUUCAAAAAUCGUACAAAAGUCAAAUUUAGACUUGCCACGUUCAAAAUCUGUUUUUCACGUAGAUAAAAAUGUAGAGUACUCCAUAAGUCCCACCAAAAAAAUUAGUACAAAGAAAAUCAGUAAGUCCAUAAAUAAUGUAAAUGGCUUUAAUGAUUACAAUAUUUUUUGGGGACACCCAAAAUUACCUUUGGUUUCGGAAGAUGAAAUUGCGAAGAAGCUUUCUGAAGAAAUGUCACGCUUAAUCACUCUUGCCAACACAGUCCUAAGCACUAAGUUACCUGAUCUUACUUGCACGGUUUCACUAAAUGGAAAUGAGCAAUACCUUAAACUUAUCGAAGAAAUGAAGAUUGUUGAAACAGUACCAGACGAAUCAUUCACAUCGCAAAAUUGUAUUGUUGAGAAAAGAAAUGAAUCAGAUACUUCAAGCCUUAAAUAUAACAGCCUCUCUUUCACCGAUUUCAGUAAAGACACAAUAUUGGAUGUCAUUCAGGCACACAUUCCAAACAACACCACGCAAGCCCCGUUUAACCACAUUUUAAGAAACGACUCUUUAAGGCAUAAUGAAAAUAAACUAUCUCAAAGCCCAUUUAUUUCACCCGAAGAGAAAUCGUGUAAUAUUGAUAAAAAGACGGAUUUUAAUCCUGUUCUAAACUUUAUUGAAGACGAAAGUGGAUUUUCAUCUAUGAAUUCAUUUCAAGAGAUUGGAAUACCUAUUAUAAGCAUAAUUCCACCGUCACCAAACAAAGACAUCGCUUAUAUGGACGAGUUUCCUGAUGUUAACGAAACUGAAAAGUGGAAGACUGACUCUAUCGAAUUUGAUAAGCAAAGCGUCAAGGUGUUUUGGGUUUAA